AUGAAGCAUCUAUUCAUCCUUGUGCUGUUCUGUCUGCCAGUCUGCUCUGCUCAUCCUCUGAAUGGGGCAAUGAAGGAAGAGGACCCAAACAUGGAUUUUGUCCAGCAAUACUUAGAAAAAUACUACAACCUUGCAAAAGAUGGGAACCGUGUUUUUAGAAGAAAGGACAGUCGUCCUGUUGUUAAAAAAAUCCAAGAAAUGCAAAAGUUCCUUGGACUGGAAAUGACGGGAAAGCUGGACUCUAACACAUUGGAAAUGAUACACAAGCCCAGGUGUGGAGUCCCUGAUGUUGGUCACUUUAGUACCUUUCCUGACACACCAAAGUGGAGGAAAAACCACCUUACUUACAGGAUUGUGAAUUACACACCAGAUUUGCCAAGAGAUGCUGUUGAUUCUGCCAUUGAGAAAGCUCUGAAGGUCUGGGAGGAGGUGACUCCACUUACAUUCUCCAGGUUGCAUGAAGGAGAGGCUGACAUAAUGAUCUCAUUUGCAGUUGGAGCACAUGGAGACGUUUACCCUUUUGAUGGACCAGGAUACAAUUUGGCUCAUGCCUAUUCACCUGGGCCUGGAAUUUAUGGAGAUGUUCACUUUGAUGAUGAUGAGCAAUGGACAGAGGAUGCGUCAGGGAUCAAUUUAUUCCUGGUUGCUGCUCAUGAACUUGGCCACUCCCUGGGUCUCUAUCAUUCGGACAACCCUGAAGCCUUGAUGUAUCCAGUCUACGAUUCCUUUGCGGACCUGACCCGCUUCCACCUUUCUCAAGAUGAUGUGGAUGGCAUUCAGUCCCUCUACGGACCUGCCCCUGUCGCCCCUCAGGAUCCCGUGGUGCCCACGGAGUCUAGCCCACCUGAGCCUAGCCCACCUGAACCUGGGGCACCAGUCGCAUGUGAUCCUGCUCUGUCCUUUGAUGCAGUCAGCACUCUGAGGGGAGAAAUCCUAUUCUUUAAAGACAGAUAUUUAUGGCGCAAAUCCCCCUGGAGCCUCCAACCUGAACUGCAUUUGAUUUCUGUGUUUUGGCCCUCUCUUCCAUCACACUUGGAUGCUGCAUAUGAAGACACUAGCAAGGACGUUGUUUUUAUUUUUAAAGGAAAUAAGUUCUGGGCGGUCAGAGGAAGUGAGGUACAAGCAGGUUAUCCAAAAGACAUCCACAUUCUGGGAUUUCCUCCAACCAUAAGGAAAAUAGAUGCAGCUGUUUCUGAUAAGGAAAAAAAGAAGACAUACUUCUUUGUAGAGGACAAAUACUGGAGAUUUGAUGAAAAUAGUCAAUCCAUGGAGAAAGGCUUCCCUAGACAAAUAGCUGAUUACUUUCCAGGAGUGGAGUUAAAGGUUGAUGCUGUACUACAGGAAUUUGGAUUUUUCUAUUUCUUCAGUGGAUCAUCACAGUUCAAGUUUGACCCUAAUGCCAAGAUGGUGACACAUAUACUGAAGAGUAACAGCUGGCUACUUUGUUAA